AUGAACGCCCCUGCCUUUGUCCUUGCCGCGGCCUCCCCGCGCGCAGUCCUCACGACUCGCCCCUGGCUGUGCGGCACGCGCGUCGCCACGUCCCCGUGCCUCCCGACGCGUCCCUACCUCCCCGCCCGCAUCUUCGCCUGCACGCCCGCGCCAGCCGAGGAGGCGGCCGCCCCCGCCGAGGAUGCCCCCGCCGAGAGUGCCCCCGCCGAGAGUGCCCCCGCCGAGGAUGCCCCCGCAGAGGUUGCCCCCGCAGAGGAUGCCCCCGCCGAGACCGCAACGCCCCAAGCGAGCGAGGAACCUGCAGCGGAAGUCGUCGCCGAGGCGCCUGCACAGCCAAGUGCUGAUGGUGUCGAGGCUGCUGCCGAGAGUGCGGGCGAUGCUACGCAUAGGGCAGAGGAUGCCGAUGCCGAAGACCAGAAGAAGAGGAAGCGUCGCCGCUCGCGGAAGAAGGAGGUUACCCUGCCGUUGGAGGACAUUGUCGUGGGGCAGGAGCUGGAGGGUGUGGUUAAGAGCGUCACUGAUUAUGGUGCCUUUGUUGGAGAUAUGGGCACGCCAACAGAUGGCUUGCUUCAUGUGUCGCAACUGGCGGCUGGCUUUGUAGAGAAGGUGACGGAUAUCGUCAAUGUCGGGGAUAAGGUCACCGUUCGGGUUAUGGGGGUCGAUACGGUCAAGGGCAACUUUUCGCUCACCAUGAAGACGGCUCAGGAGAUGGAGGAAAGGCGAUCGGGCGGUGGCGAAGGGAGAGGAAAGGGCAGGAGGGAGGAUCAGAAGGAGAAGUGGGACCAGUUUAAGUUCGACCAGACGGAGUAUGUUGACGCGAAGGUUACGUCAGUAACCGACUUUGGCGCCUUUUGCCAGUUUAUGAAUGCCGACGGCCAGCCGCUUCAAUCUGCACCGACAGAGGGUUUGAUUCAUAUUUCUGAAAUCAGCCAAAAUCGUGUCAACAAUGUCUCCGAUGUUCUAUCAGUUGGACAGAACGUGAAGGUCCGUGUGUUGGCCACAGAUCGUAAGAGGAAUCGUAUUUCCAUGUCACUCAAGGAGUAUUCCGAAGACGCAGAUGAUAGCAGGACUGAUUUCACUGCGGAUAUGGAGAAGGCUGCAAGCUCCCAGCCGACGUUCAAAACGUCGUUUGAGAUGGCGUUUGAGAAGGCGAAUACUUCAGAAACUCAGUGAUUUCGUGGGCGAAAAAGCGGCUCGGCUAUUUUGUGGGGAAUGCAUUGCGUAAACCGACGCUGUGGUCAAUCAACGGUGGGGUUGAAAUUUUCACUAUCAGCAUUCACUCUGGGUCGCUUUCUUCUUAUCCACCCAACGAAUAAUGCGCACUGGUGAUGGAGCUACCUCGAUAACAAGGUUUCGAACGAGUUCUCUACAGCGCAUGGCUGUGAUUCUACGACGAAUAAAAAAAGUUUAAUGA